AUGAUGCGCCGCGCUUUUUUACUUCCUUCCACGAUCGUUGCUGCUUCGGUCCGUUUCUACGGUACACGCCUUUUCACGGAUAGCCAUGAAUGGGUGGAGCAUGGGGAUGGUAUUGCCACUGUGGGAAUAACGGUUCAUGCACAGGAGAGCUUAGGUGAUGUGGUAUAUGUUGCACUUCCUAAUGUAGGCGACAAAGUUGAGGUGAAUGAUGUGCUUGGUGAAGUGGAGAGCGUCAAGGCUACCAGUAACAUUUGCUCCCCAGUCACUGGUGUCGUUGAUGCAGUGAAUGAAAAAGUGAAGGAUGAACCAGGCCUUAUUAACCGCUCUGCCGAGGGUGACGGAUGGCUCAUCAAGGUGAAAUGCAGUGAAAUUCCUGCGGGACUCAUGACUGCUGAAGACUACAAGAAAUAUAUCGAAUAG